AUGUAUGAUUUUGACUUUUUGGAUAAUGUUCGAACUCGCAGCCCUUGUGGUAUGCCAGAAAAUGCUACUGGCACAGGUAUCUUUAAAACUAAAUUGAUCACAGGCUCUAAGAUUAGUAUUACUUGGCACAUGGCAUUUCCUCAUGGUGGUGGUUUUCGUAUCCAAAUUUUACAUGGUAACGGAACAAUUUUACAUGAAUUAACCCCGACAAAUAAUACCAAUCCAUGGUAUUCUAUCAGUAAUUCCACUAUUCAGAGCUAUUUGGCUACUUUACCUAGUGGUUUUACUUGUGAUCAUUGCAUUAUUCGACUAACACGUAAUGCCAAGGAAUGGUCCACUCCUAGUGGACCCUAUAUAUUUUGGAGUUGUGCUGAUGUAGAAGUCAAUAAUUUCCAAUGCAAUCAGUUAAAUUGCUAUCAUGGAGGGAGCAUAGCAUCGAAUUGUAAUUCUGCUUCAGCAGUUUGUUCAUGCCCCAAUAAUCAAUUCUCGGGCGAUCGCUGCCAAUAUAUGAAUGAAUGUGAAACUUACGCAGACUGUAAUAAUAAUGGUCUAUGUGUAACCAUUAAUCAAGAUUAUUAUUAUCCGUUAAAGCAGUGCUUCUGCUCGGCUGGUUUCUAUGGCUAUAAGUGCUCUAAAACUUCCAAUUUAACGGUGGUUAUGCCUAAUGAUGUUUCCUCUUAUUCCUACACGAAAUUAGACAAUAGCAGUGAAAUCUGGUAUAAAAUUCUAUCUGCUACUAAUGAAGUGGAGGUUAUUCAUAAAACAUUAUCUACUAGUUGGGUAGGUUUAGGCUGGAGGCCACAAGGAUUAAAAGCAUCUUGCCAAUUUUUCCCUCCUGGAGCGGCACCAUGUCUUAUUAGUGGACCUGAAAGCGCUGUAGGUGAAGGAGGAAAUCAACCAGAGGGCAAUUCUGAAAGUACAAGUAAACCAGAAGGGGGUGCAGAAAGUACUGCUCAACCUGAAGGCAACGCUGGAAGUACCGCUCAACCCGAAGGCAACGCUGAAAGCACUGCUAAACCCGAAGGGGAAGGUGGAAGUUCAGAAAGUGGCGGCGCUGCUGGCAAUCUUGUAACCCAUGCCAUGGAUUGUACCGAUAUGGUGAUUGGUAGUGCUCGAGGGAAUAUGUUUCGAUUAUUUGAUUACUAUUCGCGUGAUCGUAGUACACCUCGAAUGGAUUCCUAUUUUGGUGGAGAAGACAGUAUUACUGCAGCGGUGGGCUCCGAAAGCAACGGCUAUACCACAUUAAGAUGGCGUAAGCAGUUAACUGCAGAAGGAACCACCGAUCAUACUAUUCAGGAUGAAGUAUUGGAUGUUAUUUAUGCUUAUGGUCAAAAGUAUCCUUACUCUCAUCAAUUUCCAUCCGGUCUGCAUAAUUCGCAUCGCUUAACCAAUUACUAUAAUGAUGAUGAGCUCAAAUAUCACGGUUAUCAAAAUCGUGGACGUAAAAGUCUCAAUUUUUUUGGUGAUUCCAAGUUAGUUACUAAUACUUGUAGUGGUAGCUGGAAAACUGGAUGUACCGGCAAUUCUUGUUCUAAUAACUUACAAUGGAAUAUUUACAAUGAUGGAACAGUCCAUUUUACAAUGUCAGCAGUAACGGAUAAAUGGAUUGGUUUAGGUAUUUCAAAUGAUCAUAAGAUGGCCAAGACCGACGCCAUCGUUGGUUGGGUAGGGAAAGUUGCCCCUGUCAUUACCGAUCGCUACAUAUCUAGCUAUGCUCCUCCACCAGUUGAUGCUGUAUCCAAUGUUAACUUACUUGAAGGAUCGAAAUUGAAUGGUACCACUACAUUAAAAUUCUAUCGUCCAAUUAAUACGAGUGACUCACAAGAUAUCAGUUUACAUGGCUGCCAUUACUUUAUAUUUGCGAUUGGUGGUCAAUAUACUGAUUCUAAUUUUGCCAUUUCCAAGCAUGCCUCGACUCCAUUUAUUACAAGUCGAAAAAUUUGUAUCGAUGUUAAUCAGUGUUCAAAGUCUUAUUCACCGUUAGGUAUUGACAUCAUGACUUCUACUCCUUGUAGUGGAAGCUGGGGUACACGAUGCCUGAAUGGCCAAUGCGCUAGCAAUCUACGCUGGAAUGUCUAUAACGACGGAACGGUGCAUUUCCAGAUGUCGGCUGAUACUGAUAAAUGGCUUGCAAUGGGUAUUUCUGUGGAUAAGAAAAUGCCAUCUUCAGAUGCUAUCGUAGGCUGGAUAUCCCAGGGUACUGCAAAGUUAAGAGAUCGCUUUCUUAAAGGUUAUUUUAUACCUGCAGUCGAUGCAAUUACUAAUGUCGAUUUAAUUAAUGGUUCUCUCAUCAAUGGUAUAACGACGCUAAACUUUAAGCGUGCUAUGAACACCUCGGAUUCACAAAAUGAUGUUAGUUUGCAUGGUUGCCACUACUUUUUCUUGGGCACUGGUGGUAGUUAUGAUGAUAAUAACCUUGAUAUUGGUGUCCAUCCUCAAACACCAGCUGUCGCUAAAAUUCCAAUGUGUCUUUAUGCUAGUCGAUGUACACAAUUUAGUCCACCAGGAACUGGCGCAGCUGGCACUAUUUUUACUCUAAUUCAUUUGGUCAUUGCUGUCUUAAGCGUCUUGAUUAGUAGUAUUUUCUAA